AUGGCUAAGGCCAUUGCAGAGGUACUCCCAAAUACAACUCAUCGGUUGUGCUUAUGGCAUAUUCUACAAAAGUUUCCCGAACACUUGGCCCAUGUAAAUAACAUGUUUCCGGACUUUCAGAAAGAUUUUCGUCAUUGCAUCCAUGAGACAAUUACCACUAAUGAAUUCGAAGAGGAAUGGGCUUCGAUAUUAGUGAAGUAUGAAUUAGGAGAAAAUAAUUGGUUGAAAAAUCUCUACAUCCGACUAGAUAAGUGGGUUCCGGCCUAUUUGCAUUCAACAUUUUGUGCCGGUAUGUCAACGACUCAAAUGAGUGAAAGCAUGAACAAAUUCUUUAAAGACUAUGUUCGUUCAAGUACUAUGAUUAGUGACUUUGUUCAUCAGUAUGAAAAAACUCUAGAUGCACGUUACUUUAAAGAGAAAGAGAAGGAUGUGCGGACGAAAUCUACUCGUGCGAUUUUGAAGACACCUCUUAAAAUUGAAGAGGAGGCAGCAAAAGUUUAUACAAGAAAGUCUUUUAUAAUCUUUUAG